AUGGCUGCCGUGGGCAGGAUCAGCUUCACCGUGCGGAGCCUCUUGGAUUUACCCGAACCCGAAAGCAACAAGGAGCAGGAUCCCAUCGAAGGCUACGGCGGCUCCCCAUACCGGGAAUGGAUGGAGGCCGACAGGAGCCACUAUUUGUCUUCGGACGAGAGCGGCGCUGAGAGCAGAUCCCGGCCGGCCGCCGCCGCCGCCGCCGCCGCCUCGGCUCGGGCGGAGGACGAGGAGGAAGAGGAAGAGGAGAAGAAGAAGAAGCGGCGGGUGCUCUUCUCCAAGGCGCAGACGCUGGCGCUGGAGCGGCGCUUCCGACAGCAGCGCUACCUGUCGGCGCCCGAGCGGGAGCAGCUGGCGCACCUGCUGCGCCUGACGCCCACCCAGGUCAAGAUCUGGUUCCAGAACCACCGCUACAAGAUGAAGCGCGCCAAGGGCGGCGCCGAGCGGGCCGCGGGCGGAGGCGGCGCGGCGGCGGCGCCGCUGCUGCGCAGGGUGGUGGUGCCCGUGCUGGUGCGCGACGGCAAGGCCUGCCAGAGCUGCAGUGGCGGCGGGGCGGCCUCGGGCCAGGACUACGGCGGCGGACAGGCGGCUCUCAGCCUGCCGGGCUAUCCGGCCUUCCCGCAAGCCGGCACGCUGAGCCUUUUCCCCGCCUACCAGCACUUAGCGCCGCCGGCCCUGGUCUCCUGGAACUGGGGCUGA